AUGACUUAUCUGGAAUGGUUCAGUGAAGAGUGGGCCACCGUUUACAACGAGGGUUCACCUACGUUUCCAUAUAUGACCCCGGCGCGAGCAUUGCAAUCUGUCCAAAAGGGUAUUUACAAAGUCCCAAAGUAUACGGCAUUCGAACUCAUAAGUAUGACCCCAGGGUGGCAUAUCGCUCAGCUCAAGUCAAUUUUCGCAUCUGCCUCGAUGCGCAGGAUCACGAUAGAUGGGAUGUCUGGCACCUACCCGGACCUGGCACCACGGAACUCGUCACCUAUUACACAUAUUGAGGUGCAUGGUAUCUCACGAUCAGGAUUCAAAGAAUUGAUUACCCAUUGUGUGAACUUGAAGUCAUUCACGUACUUUUACUAUGGGGAAAUCUUUUCCCAUUUUUCCAUGAAGUCAUACAUAGAUGCGAUUUCCUCCAAGAAACACUCGCUCGAAACCCUUUGUAUCAGCCAGGCACCGGUGAACUGCCCCAUCAUAGACAGCGAGGCAUUCAAUAUAACUUUCAAUGGGUUCAGUGCACUGAAGAAUUUGGAGCUCCCGAUGCACACAUUCCUACAAUUUGUCGAUGUGAACUAUCCAUUGGACCACAUCACACCCGACCGUGUCUCAGCCUGCUUUCUGAUGCCGCUAGCUAGAAACCUACCGCCAUCUCUGGAACGACUCUCUAGUCAACUUGGUGCGAUCGAAAAGCAUAUGUUUCCUCACCUCGGCAAUAUUAGAAUCCCAGGCGAUAACAUUGAACACUUGUUCAUCAAGUGUGUAGAGCAAGAGAGCCCUGUACACUAUCCUGACUUGUUUGUUCCUACAUUUUAUGAUGACCGGCUUCUCGAUGCCUGCCGGGAAAUGGGUGUGGUUUUGCGCGUCAAGAAUGAUCCCAUUAACCGUGGUUAG